ACCUGUAUUUCAGGGCGUUUAUCCAACCGUUCAGCAGCAGCGCGUGCAGGUGUGGCAGCGAUGUCAACCCGGAAGUGAGUUGUUGUCAACACAGCGGGACGCGGCGGCCGUUGAGUCUUUCGCUCCUCCGUCAGAAACGAUGCCUGGAAGCUGCAGCCCUCAAAGAUUUGGCUACACGGUCGUGAAGUUCAUCUUGUUCUCCUACGCCUGCGUGUUUUGGCUUAUAGGCACAUUUAUCCUGGCAAUUGGCAUCUAUGCAGAGGUGGAGCGACUGCGUUUUAAGACCCUGGAUGGUUUGUUUUUGGCCCCGUCUAUAAUCCUCAUCCUGUUGGGAAUUGUGAUGUUCAUCGUUUCCUUCAUUGGGGUUUUGGGCUCACUGAGGGAUAACCUGAAGCUUCUGAAUGUGUUCAUGUUCACCCUGCUAGUUUGCCUGAUCCUGGAGCUGCUGGGAGGAAUAUUGGGAUUGGCUUUUCGCAAACAGACGCUUGACUUGGUGAACAAAAACAUCAGUAACGGCAUGAAAAACUACUACGAUGACCUCGACUUCAAAAACAUCUUGGACUUCGUCCAGAAGAGGUUUCAGUGUUGCGGCGGUAAAGAUUUUCAAGACUGGCAAGUCAACAUAUACCACAAAUGUCCUGGACGUGGACCGCUGGCCUGUGGAGUCCCAUAUACCUGCUGUAUAACCCAGCCUAAUGUAGUGGUCAACACUCUGUGUGGGCACGACGUCUUGAAUAAAACGCGGCCAGAUGCGAUGAAGGAUAUCUACGCGAGAGGCUGCACAUUUGCGUUCAUGCACUGGAUGGAGGACAACUAUACAAAGAUGGCUAUACUGUUGUUGGUUAUCCUCCUGCCUCAGGUAAAAAAUGCACUGCACAGCACAGUUUUCACCCACAGCUGAUUUUAAUAUUUUCAUAGCUCACAUAAAGCUGAUUUGUAUAUAAUGAUAUAAAAUAAUUUUUUAAGAAGUUGUUUGUUCAGGGGGCUCUUUGCAAGAAUCAUACUGGAAAGUUGAGUGGAAGGAAAAAGUGGGGUAGGGGGGUGAAACAAAGCCCAUUCAUUUUUUGAGUAUGUGAAUUUCAAUUUUUCAUAAACUGCAAGACAAUUAUCAACAUCAUUAAAUAUGAAUACCUUUAAAUUUAUGUCACUGUAUAAAUGAAAAUUUUUAAAAUGAAUGAGUAAAGAAAAGCUUUUUGAUACUUUUUAAAGCUUUUCUGAUGCUUGUUUUGCAUCACUGAAAUACCUCAUAUUGUAGUAAUUGCAAUAAAAAACAUAAAACCAGUUAUUUUAGAAUGUAUUCAGCAUAAAAUCUGAUGAUGAUGAUGCAUUGAAACAAAAUGAAACGGCUACAAUAUAAACUCUCCCCACACCAUAAUGCUGCCACCACCAUGUGUCACUGUAUUUUUCUUUACAGACAGCAUGUUGUAUUUAGACAGGAAAUGUUCAGCUUUGGUCUCAUUAUUUAGUAAUUUCGGUCUUUCCAGCCUUCCAUAAAAGUGAGAAUGAUGGCGUGCAAAACUACAUGCAUUCUACAUUUUUCAUAUUUUAAUUUGUAAAACAAUGCUUUAACAUAAAAGAUCCACAUAAAGUUUAUAGAAUUUUGUUUUAUAUCAUUUUGUAUACCUUUGCACCCACCGAUAGUUUGCGCUCGCUGACUACCUCUCAGUGACCCGAGUGGUGUAAGAAUGUGUAGCGUCAAACCCUCUCCCACGCCUCAUGCUGUCCCAGCCUCUUCACAAAUCACAGCGAGACGAGGAGGAGGCAUUUUAAGAAAGUAAAAUUCAACACAUCUGUGACUCAGAAACACAUGUAGGAUCAAACAUUUAUCUUCAUUUUCCAGCCUGAGAUGCAAAUCUGAUGACUAAACGUCAGAAAAUACAUUCCCUCGUUUCCCCUGAACAUGCGACGGCUUCACUUCAUCAGCAGUGAGAGAAACAGAAGGGCAGUUGUAACAAAAUGCUGCUUCAUUUCAUUUACAUUUUCUGUGUAUUUGCAUACAUACUGUACGUUAUUAUGUUGUCAGAACACCAUUCUGGAGCGACAGACACUUACUAACCCACUCUGCAUUAAAUAUCUGUCUUCUACGGUUUGGAUGUAAGAUGCAUGGGACCUUUUUUGUUCCUGACAUUUCUGCCCUUGUACAUCUUCUUGAAAGUUACACAAUGCAUUUAGAUAUGAGCCCCUUUGACAGCUAUGAAUACAUGAAUGUUGAUCGGCUGCGACUGUAAGAAGCCUGUUGGUUGUCACCAAGCUGUUUCUGCGAUGUGGAGCAAAUGCCGCCUGGCAGUCAUUGAUAUCACAUAAUGGGUUCUUCUCAUUACCGUUAUUUAUGUUCAGGUGGCGCAAAACAGAUUAAUCUGUUCCGUCACUCAGAAGACUUUCAUUUUCCUCUUUUCAUUUCCAUUCCAAGUGACAAGACCCAAUUCAAUCAAGUGUAUUGUUCAGAGGAAAUUUGCAGCAGAUGCAACAUGACUUAUUGAGCAUUUGACACAUUCCUACAAAAGGAACUAAAUCAUAAAGAAGUUUAUUUUGAACCCUGAUUAUGAUUCACUGUUGCUGGUUUGUUCUUUCCAGAAGCAAAAUAGAGUUUCUGUGCUGGCCCGUCAAAAUAACAGAUUUUACUAGAUGAUAAAUUGCCCCAGAAAUUAUUAUGACAAACGAUAAUAUUGUCAUUUUGAGACAAUUUUCAAAUAAUGACGAUGGCAUAACAAUGUGAAUACACCCUCUCAAAUUUCAGAAAGCUUGAAGACAUUUUAAAUAUUCAAAAUAUCUCAGUAACAAUAUAUAUCACAAUAGACAUGUGAUCAAUAUCAAUAGAUAAUGUCUGAUAGAUUGUUCAUUAAUUUCACUGAACUCUGAUCCACAAAUGCAAAGCAUUGUGGGGGUUGUUGGCAGAGGAAAAGCUUUAGCCGCUCAACCUCUCAUGGCCAGCUAAGAAAGGUUGGUGGAAUCAACUAACUCACCCUUUGGUUACCUAGCAACUCACUCGUUCUAUGGUUACCUGGCAACAACCUUUUGUGUAACUGGCACAGCAGCAGUUUAAGAUUUUGACACUGUUUGUCAUAACUGCUUAAAAGUAAUAAAGAAAAACAGCUUGGAGCAAAAUGAGAAAAUGAGUACAACAGCUCAAAAAGAAAUUGUAGAUUAAACAGGAAAGUUUGGGAGUAUUUCAGAAAUUUAAAGCAAAAAAUUAGCAAUAAUUAUUGAUAUUAACUGAUAAACACUUACGAUAUGACACCGAACUAAGCUAUAUAAUAGUGUAGACUGCAGGCACGGGCAGAGCACCACAACACAAUUAUUAUGCAAUGAAAUAAAAACAGUAUGAGCACAGAUGCAAAGUGUAUUAUAAAUAAAUUAAAUGCAUCUAGUCUAUUAUUUAUUCGCUCUUUGUUUGCUGAUGUUCAGCAGCAUGCUGAAAUGUUUUAUAAUAUGCUUCUUUCACUCAGUGGAAGUACCUAUUGACCCUUUACAACUACCUCACUUAAUCAUUCAAGACAGAUGUCAGAAGUGAAGAACAGGAGUGUUGAACAGAGCGACUGAAACUGGUUUCCCAAGUUGUUUUUGUCAGUUUAUUCACGGCUUCUACUUGUUUGUGUCGAGAUGAUUUGUUUUUGAACGUAACGCACUUGAUUGAGGCUCGUAAAUGGCGGGACUUACAGAAGUUUGAAAUAGUUAGCUUAGAAACCGACCCAUACUUCCUGCCUCCUUUAACGUGUUAAUCAAAUUAUCAACUUUGUCUGAAUUCACACCACAUGAUUUAUGUCACUAUGUCAUAAACAUGUUUCCCCUUACACCGGAGCAGGAUUAAAAGCAUACAAAAGAAAAGAUGCUAAUCAGUUUUUCUCGUACAUGUUACAUGGCUACAUGAUGGUGGGCCAUUGUUUCCAUGGUUACCAAUGAUUAGCUGCGUACCUUCUCCAUAAUGCAAUAUUUGAUAUCUUUCUAAUCUUAAUUACUUAUAACGUAUUUGAACGUUUAUCUUCUUACCUUGUAAAAAGUGUUCUCUGCAGAUCUGCAAUUACACCGAGCUCAUUAUGAUUGACGGCUGCUAUCCAUCGCCAACAAGUUUGGUUUUCAUCCGUUUCUGUGCAGCCGACUGCGCAGCAUCCUAUGACGAUUUUUAAAGUGAAAUCAAAUAGAAGCGAUAUUAGGCUACAGGUGUCGGUUUUUUGACAGGCUUAGGUUGUUUUGUCGUCCAAAUUCUGAAGAAUGUCAAUAGACAAGAUAUGCGAACUCAGUGAAAUUCUGGAAAUAUAUUCUUUGGAUCCCUAUGCAGUACAGAAAUGUACAUCUUAUUCCCUCAAUACUUUGUCUGGGCUCCUUUGCAUGAAUUACUGUAUCGGUGCAGCACAUCAUGGAGGAGAUCAGUCUGCCUCCCCUGCUUGUUGCUGUGGGGGCCCUGAGUCCCCGCCUUGACAUCUCAUGUUUUGCGUCUUUGCUGCACUUUAGUUUUAUUGAUGCUCUACCUGUGUGGGAGCGCAUGGCUGGCCUUAAGAGCUGCCUUUAUCUCUCUACCUGCGGUGCUGCGGCCUUUUGGAGUCGAGGCCGCCUGUUCUUUGUUGUUUCAUUCCACAGCUUUAACAACUGUAUUGUUCACAUUCAACACAACUAUUUCUACAUAUACUCUCACCCAGACACACACACAUAUACUGACACACAUAUAGAUCAGAUGGCUUAAGGUUGUACAAACACAGGUUAUUAUUACGUCAAGGCUGCCAACCCACUUUGAGGCUGGAUGCAGUGUGGAUUUAAUAAAGUCAGCCAUGCAAUUAGGAUACCAUCUCCAGAUAUCUUUUUUUAGAGCAAAUCUACCCUGGCAACCUGAAAUGUCAAAGACAAGGGCAUGUUUAAAAAAGUAAAAAGUUUUGGUAUAGGCAGGAAAA